CAGUCUUGCGCGAGCGGCUGGCGCGAGCGCCCCCGCUUUCCGCCGACGACCGCGGGAACCGCGCGAGUUUUGCAUUUACUGCACUAGUUUUACUGUCGUGGCAGCCGAAGCGCAAAGUUACUCGCUUCGCGGUUAAACUGAAGUAAUUCACCUCGAAGUUCACCGCUUUGGGGCCGUUCGCCGGGAGCGGCAACAACUAAGCGUUCACGUGCGCUCACCUCACGUCACGUAUAUCACGUUCUGGUGUUUCGUACGCUUUUCGCUUUCAUAACAUCAUCUCAAUUAUUGUUGUGCAGAGAUAAGUUAUCGGAGCGGUUGAAUUUAAGGUGAUGUUUGAUCAGUAAGGCGAUGGGUUCCAGGCUGAGCAGGCAGGAGAGUCUGAAGAAGGAGGAGGCGAAAGUGAAGAGGAAGCGCGAGCGGCGCGGCGGCAGUAGCGGCGGCUCCAGGGAGGCGGGGCCGAGUCUCCUCAGCGCCCUGAUCCCGCCGCCGGGCUCCCGCAAGCUGCCGGGGAUGCUGCGGAGGCAGAGCCCGAGUCCCUACGUGAGGAGGGUGGCCUGGAUCCGGCAGAUACAGAGGCUUCUCGGGGAACGGGACGUGGAGCAGGCGGCCGAUGUGCUCAAAGUCCUGAGAAAGGACAUGGGUCUGGAGGGCAGCUCCCUCAGCGAUAUCCUGUACAAGAAUGCAGCCUUCCUCAACUUAGUGGACCCUAUCUCCCACGAGCUUCUGCUCAACUUGGCUCGUGAUAUGCAGUGUCCCAAGAAGGACGCAGACCCCAUGAAGUCCUCGGACAGAAUCUGCCGGCAGCUGAUUUACCACCUGACCCCACAUUCAAAGUGGGUGAGACAAGGCACGCCCCAGAGAAAGUCCCAGGCUUGCCUCAAAGUUAUUCUACAGAAGAAAGUGUCCAAUGACUCAGUGGACCUGUCUGGCAUCCCACUGUCCACCAGGGAUAUUCAUCGGGUGGCAUACCAUCUACAGAACAACGGAAACCUUGUGGUCUCUGUGGAUUUGAGCUUCACCACACUGCGGGAUGAGAGUCUGUGCCUCUUACUGCCUUUCUUGGGCUCGCUUCCCAAGCUAACCAUGUUGGCACUCAAUGGCAACCGGCUCACUGUGGCUGCAGUGAAAGAGUUGACGGAAGCUGCCAAGGACCCCAAAUGCUUCCCCAGUCUUGCCUGGGUAGAUGUGGGCAACAACGUGGACAUCUUCACCAUGCCCCAGCCUCUGCUGGUGGCGUUGCGGCGACGCUGCGGACUGAAGAACAGUUUGCCCACUAUCUAUGAGUACAGUGAGACCCAGUCUUGCAACAUGGAAACUUGUGAUGAGGAGGACGAAGAGGAGCUUGGGGAAGGGAAUCUAAAAGAUGACACUGAACAGGGGGCCUGGAAGAUGGGGGAGAAGAUAACCCAAAAUGCCACUCUGCAUUGCUGCAAGAGGUGAAGUUAGGCCUCGAA